GUGAAGUGGCAAGUUUCCAAAAUUCCCCAGUCCCGAAGAAUCUUCCACCAAAAAUUUUAAUUAGGGCGGCAGAGUCAAAUUAGGGUUUAAUUACAUUCCACUCAAAUUAGGGUUUUCUCAUUAAUUUCCUUUUAAUUACAGAUUUAAUCCCACUCUACCUCUAUAUAUAUAUAUACACACACACGCCUACGGAUUCACAAAAUAAAAACCCUAAUUUCUCAAUCUCUUCUUCAACUUUUUUUUCCCCACGAUGGCUUCAGAGGAUCAAUCGGCGGUGAGAUCUACCGGGAAGGUUAACUGGUUUAACGAUUCCAAAGGCUAUGGUUUCAUUACUCCUGACGACCGCAGCGAAGAGCUUUUCGUUCAUCAAUCCUCAAUUGUCUCCGAAGGUUACCGGAGUUUAGCUGAAGGCGAUUCGGUUGAGUUCGCUAUUACUCAGGGAAGCGACGGUAAGACUAAAGCCGUCGAGGUUACUGCUCUCGGUGGUGGUGCUCUUAAGAAGGAGAAUAACUCUCGCGGUAACGGUGCUAGGCGCGGCGGUGGAAGCGGUUGCUACAAUUGCGGUGAGUUAGGUCAUAUUGCAAAGGAAUGUGGUGGCGGCAGCGGAGGUGGUGAACGUGGAUCUAGAAGAGAAGGCUGUUACAAUUGUGGUGAUGCUGGUCACUUCGCUAGGGAUUGUACUCAGAAAUCAGUUGGAAACGGAGACCAACGUGGAGCAGCCGGAGCUGGAAAAGAUGGUUGUUACAAUUGUGGUGACAUUGGUCACUUCGCUAGGGAUUGUGGUAAUCAGAAAGUGACUGCUGGAAGCGUCAGAAGCGGUGGUGGUAGUGGAUCUUGUUAUACAUGUGGUGGAGUUGGUCACAUUGCAAGAGAGUGUGCGACUAAGAGACAGCCUUCUCGUGGUUGUUACCAGUGUGGUGGUUCUGGUCACUUGGCUCGUGAUUGUGACCAGAGAGCAAGCGGUGGAAACGGUGGUGGUAAUAAGUGCUACAGUUGCGGUAAGGAAGGUCACUUUGCAAGGGAAUGCUCUGUAGCUUAAACGAUUUCCUAAUCAACAAAAAACGAGAAUGAAAUUGAAUCGAGUAAUAUAGUUUGGUAUAUAUUUCUCUUCGUUUUCAUUUAUCUUUUUUUUUGUUGAUGGGAAUGAUAUUGCCUGGUCCUUUUGGUGUUUUAGAGGUUUUAUUAUUAUACAGAGAGUGAAUCCCCCUUUUGUUAUAACUAUUACAAGUUUUUAGCUUUAUUUGUUUCUCUGAUAUGGAUGCUCUCUUUUUCUUCUAUCUGUUUCUGGAAAUUUUGACCUCUUAUUGCUUAUGUCAUCUAAAGUUUGAGUUUUGUCCUUUUUAUUAAAGUGUUGCUAGUUUCAAUUCA